GGGCCCGUGUCACGUGACGGGGGAAAUAGGGAGGCUCUUGUGUUUACAUCAAUGCAUUCAACAGCGGCUGCUGCAGAGCGUCUACACAUCAAUGUUUUUUGCUUUCAUUUCUUUAAAAACGAGCCCGAUCAUUGGUACACACGGUAGUUUCGAGUCCGUUCGAGCAUAACGCUGCUGUGUGAUAAAGGGAGCGCGCGUCUGCUGUAGCUGUGAUCAGUUGUGUAUUAGAUUACUGGCGUUAUGGACGAGCUCGCGGUGGAAGUGCGAGGAGCGAGUGGAGCUUUCUACAAGGCUCUAGUAAAGGAUGUCCAUGAGAGUACAGUCACAGUGUCUUUUGAAAACAAUUGGCAGCCAGAACGACAGAUUCCUUUCCAUGAUGUCCGGUUUCCACCUCCCACCGGCUUUCAGAAAGAGAUAAAUGAGAGUGAUGAAGUGGAGGUUUACUCCAGGGCCAAUGAUAAAGAGCCUUGCGGAUGGUGGCUAGCCAAAGUUUGCAUGGUGAAAGGAGAGUUUUAUGUGAUAGAAUACGCAGCCUGUGAUGCAACGCUAAAUGAAAUCGUCACAUUAGAGAGGCUACGACCUGUGAACCCCAACAAAGCCGCGUCAAAGGACACCUUUCUCAAAAUCAGACUCGAUGUUCCUGAAGACUUGAGACAGAUGUGUGCGAAAGACUCUGCACAUAAAGACUUCAAAAAAGCGAUCGGAGCGUUUAACGUCACUUAUGACUCGGAAGAAAAGCAGUUGGUUAUUUUGUCAGUUAAUGAAGUUACGGCAAAGCGGAUAGCCAUGUUGAGUGACAUGCACUUCAGGAGUCUGCGCACAAAGCUGAUGCUGAUCCUGAGGAAUGAGGAAGCAACCCGACAGCUGGAGAGUUCUCGACAACUUGCCUCAAGGUUCCAUGAGCAAUUUGUGGUGCGUGAUGACCUCAUGGGAUUGGCCAUAGGCACCCAUGGGGCGAAUAUCCAGCAGGCUAGAAAGAUUCCUGGGGUCACUACCAUAGAUCUCGAUGAAGAGACCUGCACGUUUCACAUCUAUGGAGAGGACCAGGAGGCUGUUCGGAAGGCCAGAAGCUACCUGGAAUUUUCUGAAGAAGUUAUCAAAGUUCCUAAGAAUUUAGUCGGAAAAGUCAUUGGCAAGAGUGGGAAGCUGAUUCAAGAGGUUGUGGAUAAAUCGGGAGUUGUCAGAGUUCGAGUGGAGCCGGAAAAUGACAAAAAGCCUACUCCAUUAGACGAGGGAAUGGUGCCGUUUGUGUUUGUGGGGACGAAGGAAAGCAUUUCAAAUGCACGUAUUCUGCUGGACUACCAUCUAAAUUAUCUAAAGGAGGUGGAUCAGCUGCGAAUGGAGAGACUGCAGAUCGAUGAACAGCUCAGACAAAUCGGUGGAGGGCCUAGAGCUCUGCCGGGACGUCCUGAGAAAGAAAAGCCUUUCAUGGCUGAUAAUGGAAUGGGACCCUCACGGGGUGGCGGCAAACCUUUCGGUCGUGGAGGGAGAGGGAGACGGGGCCCGACACUGACUUCAGGAACCAACUCUGAGGCCUCUAAUGCAUCUGAGACCGAAUCCGACCACAGAGAUGAGCUCAGUGACUGGUCCCUGGCCCCUACGGAUGAGGAGUCCAUGGGUUACCCCAAAAGGGCCCUUGAUGGACGCAAAAGGGGUGGAGGGCCCCGAGGUCGUGGAGGGAGAGGAAGAGGAGGAUACAAAACCGAAGACAUGCACUGGAAUGACUCCCGCUCCCGUAGUUCCAGAGACUCGAAGCUGAGACCGCAGGAAGACUCAUUGCAGAUCCGCAUCGACAGCAAUAACGAGAGGAGCGUCCACACCAGCCGAGGCUCCCAGGCUCUGACAGGAGACAGCGGAGGGAACCGGCAGAGACCCAUAAAGGAACGAGGGAUGAAGAACGACAAGCAGGACGGCCCAGACAGCCAAGCCGUUGUGAACGGCAUUUCUUAGAGAAUAAAGUGCCCCCUUCCCCCAUUCUCCCUCUCAGCUCCACCAAUCCAGAUGCUUCUUCAUUAGAGACACAUUAGGCCAAAGAGAACCAGGUCAGUAGGGCUGUCGCAAGACAUGACAUAAAGCACACUUUGUAAUUGAUAGUUGGGGUAAAAGACGAGGUCUCUUGGUGUGUGGUGUAUUGGAUUUGGUAGUCUUCAUGGAUUAGAGAGACCGGUCUCUAAAUCACAACUGAAGCUACAGUUUUCUAAUUGACUUUCUAAAUAACUACCUAUGAAGCAUAAAGAAGCUGUGGAUUAAAUGUCUCUCAAAAAUGAAAUCCUGAAAUGGUUUCCAAGCAAUUGGUUUUUAAAGGUGUUUUUUUUUUUUUUUUUUCACAAUGUCCAAACAAAAGGGAAAGAAACACAUUGGAGGAUGAACUCAAGUGCUCGGGGCCCAGGUUUAUGCCACAUCUCAUGGCAUACGUUGUUUUUACACGCUUUGGUGUUCAUGGUUACUCGAGCCCAUUCUGAUGUGAGAUUUUAGCCACAUCAUUAGCAAAAAAAAACAAAAGAAAACCGAUGGCAAAUGUAAAAAAAAGCUCCUGUCUGGAUCUGUGCCUUUACCUAGUGUGGAUAGUAUCAUCAUUUGGAUGUUUAAAUCAGGGAAGAAGAGGUGAACAACCUGUCUGAGCAACGUGUGUUUCAAUCUCAGCCGACAACUUUUUUUUCUCGGUGUUGCAUGUGUUUCACCAACAUGUUGUAUGUCUGAAAAGCAGGAUUCUAUCAAGUCGGCUGAAUUCUCAUAUUUUGCCAUAGCUGAGUUGUGUGUAGUAAAGGUAUUAACCUAACUAAACUAGUCAACUGUGGAAGUCAUAAAUUGUAACCAACCACCAAGAGAAGAAUAUCAGUGCUAAUUCAGUGACGUCAGCAUCACCGAGUAUGAAUUGAUUUUGACAUUUAACAUAUCUUUGCAUUAUAUGACAAUUUGUUUUAUAUUUUUUUUCAAUAGAGGUAGCAAAGCAGUUUCCUUUAAAAAUUCAUGUCUCUCAUUUUCCUCCAAUCACGAUAAAUGACACAAAGUGAACUUUUUUUCUUUUUCUCAAAUGCUCGUUUUCGCUCCUGUCCAUGCUGCCCACAGUAAACUGCCAUCUUCCCUGCUGUAUUUUUCAGCAUCAGGUGUGAAGCACCUCUGUAACAUUGUCUUUGUCCUAACAGUGGCUCAUCAUAGACUGAAAAUGUUGAACUGUGGGGUUGCAUACUGUAUAUUACGUCAUCCGUUAAGAGAUUGUUGCUGUUCUUUUUAGAAUGAACUUUAAAUGUGCACUUAACAUGUUUGUGUUACUCUGCAAGUACUUUAUAAUCUAUAAACCUAUAAUAAACUAGAAUGUGAUAAGA